AAUGAUUUUGGAUAACGCUAGCUGAAACACCUGCUUGAAAACAGCGCACUACCCAGAAGAGUGAGAGCAGGAGAUGGUGAGGCUCCUCGUGUAAUGGGAUGAUGGUCUGCGCGUCAUGCCAACACGCUAUGAAUUCGUCUUUACGUUGUGUAUGUCGGAGCGACUGAACCCAGAGGUGUCCUGUAAACCCGAAGACCGCUUAUUUAACUUAAGUUUUGGUUUCAUUUAAACUGUUUAGUCGUGACCAUGCCCGUCAGUGCCAUGCCGAGGGGUCGGUCUCUGAGCCCGGUAUCUCUGUCCCGCAGCCUCUCGCGGCUGAGGGAGUUUCGAACCCGGACUCGCAUCAUGCUUUCUCUGGGAGUCUCACAGAUGGUGCUCGGCAGUCUAAUUUUGGCUGUCAGUUUCGCCGCUUUGGCCCUCACGACAUCUCCGAGGGUGAGACAUUCGUGUCCCUUUUGGGCUGGAUUCUCGGUGCUUUUGUCUGGACUGAUCGGAGUGGUGUCAUGGAAAAGACCACUUUCUUUGGUGAUAACUUUCUUCAUGCUGUUGUCUGCUGUGUGUGUGAUGCUGAACCUCGCAGGAGCCAUCCUUUCCUGUCAGAAUGCCCAGUUGGUCAACUCUCUGGAGGACUGUCAGCUGAUUAAAUUUGACAGUGACGGUGUGUGUGUCUGCUGUGAGCUCGAGCACAUGAGAUCCACCUGUAAUAAUCUGGGAGAUACGCUUAAACUCAACCCGCUGAGGGACUGCAACACCAUACGUCUCCGUCUGAAGGAGCUGCUUUUCAGUGUGUGUGCACUGAAUGUUAUCUCCACCAUUGUGUGUGCUCUGGCCACGGCUGUGUGCUGUAUGCAAAUGGUUUCUACUGAUUUACUACAGAUGUUCAUGCCACACAGGGCACGUGCCUUGAGCGCGGACUGUAUGACCCCUCAUGGUACCAUCUUACACCAGACGCUGGAUUUUGACGAGUUCAUCCCACCCAUCCCCCCUCCUCCCUACUACCCCCCAGAGUACACCUGCACACCUGUGAUGGAGGGCCAGAGAGGGUUGCAUCUGGACUUUCCACAUUCUCCCUUCAGUGCUAUUUAUGGGGUGCCUAUAAACAGCCCCGGGGCUCUAUAUCCAUCUGAGUUGCCACCACCCUAUGAAUCUGUCGUGGGACAGACACCUGCCAGCCAGGUGACACCUUUUCUACAUACUACUAUCACCACCAGUCUUGAGCAACAGGUCACAGAGUCCAGUCUGUGUGAAAGGAACACCACAGCUGGCCUUAGCACUCAGGCCUCUGUUGAUAGUGCUUCCCUUAUGGUGUCUGAGACUGCAGACAUCCCUGAUCACAGCUGUUCCUCAGAAGACAUGUGUUCUCUAGAAGUACAAGACUCCGAUUCCUCUCCUUAUGGCACUUUGCGCAUUGUACCUACUGACGGUAGCUGCACAAGUCUGGAUCACAGCACCCACUCUUCCCUGAGACGGCAGACCCCUGCUCGACUGGACCACAGCGAGUCUUCUGUCACGCAGGAUUCGAAGCUCCACUUUUCCCAGUCGUCUCCCGAUGCUGUUAACGUGCCUGAGAAGGAGGAGAUUACAGGCGUUAAACCCAUGUCUUGCACACAGCACAGAGAACGAACCAAUAAGAAGCUUACCCUACUUUUCCCUCCAAGCACACCAUCACAAUGUGCUUCCAACUCAGCAGUGACCUCCACUGCCGCCGCAGCUUCUGCUCUGACCCCCUCACCCACCGCUCAACUGCGGGGAACCCGGCUGUGCUUCAGCGUCUGGUCCCCAUCAUCUUCUUCCUCACAGCCCCAUGCUACCUCUGCCCUCAGCAACUCCAGUCAACGUGAGCGGCCCCACACACUCCGAGCCACCAAAGGGUAUCGGAAGCUGGCGAGGAUUGUGCGUUCCACUAGUGAACCCAUAUCCUGUACUUCCAUAUCUAGAAGUGACCCUUGUGCUCCUGCUUCUAAACAUCCACCUGAGGACUCCCCACAGACUCCCUGUGAUCAAGCAUGUAUGGAGCUCUCUGAGAGCACCCGACACCCUUCUGCCAAACAAAGCAGCCGAGGGGGCAAGAAGCAGAAGGACGGUGGAAAUGUGGACAUCCAACUCAAACCUCACAUCCCUCACUCAAUGUCUACAGAACGGCCACAGUCUCUCGCAGACCUCAAAACUUACAAAGACACCAAAGUGCUGGUGGCCAAGUUCCUGGAACACUCGAGCUGCAGUCUACCUCUGGAGGUCCAGCAGGUGGUCAACAGCAUUAAAUGUGUUAUUAAAUCUGAUGAGAAACACAUGGAGGAGGCCAUUUUCAGUGCAAGUAUAAUUGAUCAGUUGAUGACACAGUCACAGAAGAUCACGGGCAGCCAGAGGAAGCAUGCUCAUGAAGACCUGCAUUUACAGAGCUGUGGAGCUUUGAGUUCCCCGUCUUCAUCCUUGCGCCGUCCACCCAGAGGAUCCAGUCAGACAGAUGUCCCUGCUACCCUGGAUCAUCAGCCUCCACGCCAGCCUCAAAGCCACAUCAGUGUAUGCAGAGAAACUACACUUUGACCCUCCAGACUACAAACACUCUUUUCCUCAUAAUCCUCUGAAUAUGUGCCAAGGACAAGUCCCAACUCUCAUCAGCAGAAAACUGUAGCUCUUGGAAAAACAAAAAAACAGUUAUUAUAGAGUUGAUGCUCUCUCGUAUGUAAAAAAAAUUAUAAGAAAAGAAAAGAAAAAUAAAGAAAGACAGAGUGUUUACCUGCAGGGGUAUAUAUUUUUAUUUUAUUGUCAGAAAAAAGUAAAAUAUUUGUUAAAGUGAAUUUGCUACUGUGCUAAAUAGGAGAGUGGGUCUGUAAUAGACCAUAGAAGAUGACAACAUGGAUUUACCUCUUCAUGAAACCUUUUUCUUUCUUUUUUUUUAAAUGUAAUACACAGCUUCUGCAAACGUUAUGUGAAUUAUUGGACAUACUUGGUCAU